AUGGACGGCCGCCAGGGCGCCGCCGCCCCCGGCCGCGAGCCCGUCCCGACGCUCCUGGUGCUAUCAGCCCGCGCGGCGGCCUCUGCGCUCGCUGCUCCGGCUCUCCCCGGCGCCGGCGCGUCCGUGGCGCCCGCCCAUGCGGUCGCGGCCGCGGCGCUGCCGGCGCCGCUGCGCGCGCACGUGCUCGCCGCCGCUGCGCGGCUGCAGCUGCUGACCGAGGAGGCCCUCGAAUCCCUCCUGGUGGGACCUGGCGCCGGGCGGGACACAGGCAGCAGCGCGCUCAGCUGCAGCAGCGGCGACGAACCCCCCAGCGGCGGCGGCGGCGACCCCCUCGGGCCGGCGCGGCUGAUGCUUGCGGGCCACACCCUGCUGGACGGCCGCAGCCUCACCAGGGUGCUGGCAGGCCCCGCCGGCCCCCACGUCGGGGCAUGCCUGCGAGCGCUCUCGCUGUCGCGAGUCGCGCGUCUCUUGGACGACACAGUGGAGACGAUAGCGGCGCGCUGCCCCGCGUUGACCGAUCUUGACCUCUCGCACUGCCCCCGCCUGACGGCGCGCGCGCCCGCGGCCGUCGCGCGGGGCCCGGCGGCGGCGCGGGGGCUGCGGCGGCUGUCGCUGGCGCGCUGCUGGCGCGUGGCCGGCUUGGGGGAGCUUGCGGCGUGCUCGCGGCUGACGUGCCUGGAGCUUGCGGGCUGCGGGAACCUCAGAAAUUGCGAGGCGGCCCUGCUGCUGUCGUCGCUGGCGCAGCUGCGGCGGCUGGACCUGCGGGACUGCCCGCGG